UAUGAAAACCAAGGGCCAAGGCGAAAUUAAAUACCUCACUCCCAUUAACAAAAAGCCCCGCAUCAUAACAAACCUGUCCACCAAAACUAGGAUAAGCACCAGCAAUCAAAAUUCAAUAUUAUCUUUCGAUAUAAAUAGUAUUUCAUCACCCAGAUUAUCUCCGUUAAAAACAGACAGAUAUGUAUUUAAAAAGAAAAUGAGUUUAACCACAACUCCAUCCACUAAAACAACUUUGUAUUCAACCAAAUCCACAUAAAAGAUAAAUAAUAAGUUUUGA